AUGGACGAGACACCGGGGCCUCAGCCCUCCAACCACGCUGCCGCCCUUGCCGCCGCCUCGACCGCCCACUUCCUCUCGAGCCAUUUCGCCUCCGUAGACACAAUCUCGAGAUCAAACUCCCCCGGGCCCCCCUACACAAAGGGUGACGAGGACGACAAGAAGCGCUACCGGCCGCGUACCUUUAGCUACUUCAACCACCUGCCCUUCCCUGUCGAGGAAGAAUCCAACCGCGAUGCUGCCCUGGCUGGUAUCCUGAAGCAACUCUACAUCGCCAUCAAGGCCGAAGAUUUCAGCCCCGGUGCCCUGCAUUGGACUAGAGAGCUGACGGGAUGGCUGAAUCUCAAGUUUGAGAUGACUCGCGAGCUUCGCGCCACCCUAGCCAAGCUCUACUACCACCUCUGCCUGGCUCCUGGCCUCGAGCCCAGCACUGCCGACCGCUUUCUGCGUAUGGUGGUCAUCUUGACAAGGAAGUACCACUACCUGAAACCCGUCGACGACCUGUUGCUCGAUUGGCGCCCGCUAUGGAGGGAGAUCAAGGCCUUGGUCUUGCCCUCAGAGGUUGCUUCGCACCAGACAAACCGUCGCCGCUCCCAGAAGCAGCUGUGGAAGCUGUGUCUCCACGCCCAGACCUACUUCGACCCCAAAGACCGCAAGGAGAUGCUCGACGAGUUCCUUCCCUACUUCAGCACAUCAGACGUCUCCAAUGCCUAUAUUGUCGUCGGCACCAUCAAUGCCCUGCUCCCAACUGAUGCCGCCCCCGCCGACGUGCCGUGCUCCCAGCCCCAGGAGUUCAUGCCGACCCUGUUCCACCUCUGGUCCCUCAUUGCGAGAUCCAAGAGCUUCGACGUCUUCUUCAUUGACCUCUACUCACGCAUGGCCCGCGACUUCUUGCAGGCUUCCGACACACCCUUCGAUGCCCACGGAAUCUUCACGCGGGAACAGUCCGACUGGAUCUUCACCGCUAUCCUCCGCCUGACGGAGAUCCCCGUUGGCCAGUCCAAUUCUCCCUACUCGACUCUGGACUACUCGUCAGGCCUGGGUCUGUAUCUUGAAAAGGACAAGAAAAAGUACCCCACGGCGUACAUGAUCGCCCGGUGGAUUGUCUACUCCCUGUCGCCCAAGUGUUUGGAGGAAGAGAGCUCAAUCCUCGCCAGCCUCGAAGGCCUGCUCGAGGCCAUCGACACCUUCUACCAUCCCUCCAAUGUCGGAUCCUGGACGACAUUCCUGGGCCAGUUCACUGUCUAUCUUACAGACAUCUUUGUCUCUCGUUGGAACCGGGAAAAGAGCGGCGAGCUCGACACCCCGGAGGACCGCAAAAUCACCCCGGCCCUGAAGCGCCGCUUCGUGUCCGCCCUCAAGGAGGUCACCUACAUGGGUUUGUUCUCCAAGAGCAACCGGGUUGCUCACUACUACUACGCUUCGCUCCAGGGCCUGGCCUACCUCGAGCCCAACCUGAUCCUGCCCGGAGCCCUGCAGCGCUUCUAUCCCAGCUUGCAGGGUCUGGUCGAGGUCCACCGCACGACGUCGAGCUUGAACGGCCUGCAGAUGAUUGCCAAUGUCAUGUCCAAGACCAAAGGGUUCCGUUGCCACAUCACCGCUCUACUCGCCCUGGCUCUUCCUGGCAUCGACGCCAACGACCUGGGAAAGACGCAGUAUACCCUCAACUUCAUUCAGAGCGUGGCCUACAGCAUCCCGAUGGUGCCUCUCACCAAGGACGGCGACGCUGUCCACGGCACCGCUUUGGCCAUGGAGUGGGUGCAGGGCGAGAUGGAGCGCAUGGAGCGCGAGGGUCAAGACAUCAAGCUCGACUACGAAACCGAGCUCUCGGACGAGGACGAGGCCAACAUUCUCCGGUCGUCGACGGCGGGACUUGGCGAGUUUGUCAUCGCCCUCCUCGGCAAGGUCUUUACCCUCUUGGAGAACCUGCCGGAUGCAUCCCAUAUCAGGGGAGGUACCCCGGAAGACAACGUCAUCAAUGCGUUGCCGGCGGCCCUCUCCCCGUUGUUCGCAUCGCUCUCGCCGGGGCUCUUCGACACGGCCCUUGAGAAGCUCUCCUCCUUCGUCUCGACUCACGUUGUGCACCAGGCGAGAGACGCGAUGGCGUGGAUCCUUAACGCCCUGUGCAAGGUCAACCCCGAAAAGACGCUCAAGGUCUUCAUCCCCAUGCUCAUUGUCAACAUCCGAAACGAGAUCGACUUCAACCAUGCUGCGUCAGACCGGAGUAGCGGCACGGACUACCUGCCCAGGGACCGCGCUCUCGUGUGGCAUGUGAGCAUGCUGGGCAUGGCCGUCGUGCAUGUCGGCAACGAGGUCUUGAAAUACCAGACCGAGCUUCAUGAUAUUGCGAAGUACAUGCAGGAGAAGUGCCGUGGUCUGCCCACCAUCCACAUCUCCAACUUCAUUCACCAUCUGCUGCUGAACCUGACGCAUACGUACCCCAUCGACACCGCCUUGUACGAGCCCGACAUCAUCAAGCGGGGCCUCGAUGUGGGCGAUUGGGGAAAGACGACGUCGCCUGCUGAUUUAACAAUCAAGUGGCACCGGCCGUCCGCCGGCGAGGUGCAAUUCGCCGUGGAGCUGUUCGACUCACAAACCAAGGCGGCGGCGCGCAAACUGGACCUACUCAUGAGCGAGAACCCUCCUGUAAGUCGCAAAGGAAAGAACAAGGAGUGGUCCGAUGAGGUCUCGAGACUGUUCCAGCAAAUCAGGCUGGUCAUCUCAGGAAUGGCAACGUUGUUCGACCCGCACCGCGCCUCCGGCGAGAAGAUGAACGGCAACCCUGGCGCCGAUGACAAUGGCGACACGGCAAUGGAAGACGACGAUGAUCCUCUUGCGGAGGCGGCCGAGGACGACGAGACUCGACCGCAAUACCGCUACGACGCUGGCUAUCUCCUGACGGACGAAGACCCCGCGUACCACAAGCUUCACGAGCUGAGGGAAGAUGUUGGGCAAUUGCUGUGCCGAAGCCACGAGUUCCUCAAUCAGAACCAGGAGGACGACGUAUCCUGCUUCACGGCGCUCUACGCAGCCUACAGAACAUGGAUCACCGACGUCGGUAUCGAGCGGUCCGCCCAUCCGUUGGAGAGACAUCUCCGCCUUUACAAGUCGGACAUUUCCGCCUUCAAGAUUAGCGGUCUACGAAAGGUCUACCCGCGGCCACUGCUGAUCAAGCGUGCGGACGCGUACCAGCUGCUCCGCGUCAAACACAACGCAUCGGCACGGCAGAAGAGCGAGCUGGACAAGCAGCUCCUGUUGAACCUUGCCCAGUCGUCCGUGUCCCCGUACGCCGACGUCCGGCGGGUUGCCCAGAAUGCCUUGGACUCGUCGCUCAAGGCUCUCAUCGGUGGCCGGCCUCUGGUCAUCCCCAUUCUUCUCGAAAGGCUCAGGGCCGCGCUGGACGCGGUGGACCAUGAUCGUAUCAAGGGCGCAAUGUACACUCUGUUCUUCACGAGCCUGCUGAAGACCAUGGUCAGGGACUGGAGAUUCGCCCCGGAUGCCCUUCGGCUCUAUCUCCGAGCAGGCACCAUUGACAAGCCCAGCAUUCAGCAGCUUGGUGCCACGGCGCUCUUCCCUCUGCUGGACUUCGGAAAGCCUUUUGAGCGGAUGAUCAUCGUCAACCAAGACUUUGUGGAGCCGAUCCGUCCAACCGACGACUGCUCUCAAGCCAUCAGCAACCGCCACAACUUCAUCGUGCAGAGGCGGGAGCGCGUCGAGCAGAAGAAGGCUGCUCUAGGGCUGGAGCUGACGGAGAUGGCGAAGGCGGCCCACUGGAAGAUAGCUUCUCGAUGCGCCAUCUUUGCCAGCAACAUGUGUUUGCGGUUCGACACCCUUGCACCCCCCGAGUUCAUCGCUCUUGUGACGCAGGGCACGAACGAUACUCAUCCGGGUCUGCGUGCAAGCUACAUGUCGGCCUUCACAUCCGUCUUCGAGGCCGUCGAGAUGCGCGCUGCCUACGACCACGACUACCGCAACUACCUACUGGAGAAGGAGAAGGACCACAACAAGAUCACAGUCGAGGUCCCCAAGGGAGACGCGGCCUUCACGCAGAAGUACCUAGACUCCUUCGCCAGCCCCGAAAAUGCCGAGUACAUGGUCGACUCGGACCACCCUGGUUGGUUGGUCUGGGGCAAAAAAUUCCUUGCCUCACGCGCGAAACCCAUCCCCUUCACCGACUACGACGAGACGGAGACGGCCGUCAGAAAGCAGAUUGGUGACCAGAUCACCAGGGAUUGGCUCAAGACGUGUUUCGACUACCUCAAGCAGGAACCCCGCGAUGCGAACGCCGACAGGUUCCGCAUGGGCAACGUGUACAUGCUCAUGCACGUGUUCGACCUGAUGCAUUACGGAGGGACUACCAUCAAGCUCGACGACGUCAAAGAGCUUACUAUGCAGGUCUACGGCGACGGCAGCGAUAAGCAUCAGCAUCGUGCCACGGCGGAGAUCGUUGCCGCGCUCUUGUGCGGGUCCAGCGACGACCCCCCCGACUUCCGCAACCAGGUCUGGGGCUUCGCUGCGCCUCUGAUGCUGAAGGUUCUCAACGAGGACCUGACGCCCGAGAACCUGCAGUAUUGGGUCUCUUGUCUGCACCUGACGGUCGAUCCCAAGGAUCCUCGCCGAUCGCACGAGCUUGUCGACGCCCUCAGUUCCUUCAGACUCGACAUGUCGUCCAACGCCGCGUUCAAGGAAUCAAGCAAGGUGCAGGUCUUGGAGUUCAUCAUCACGGACUCGGGCUGGCACUUCCGCCACGAGAAGCCUGUACUCGCCGAUUUCCUUUCUCACAUUGACCACCCAUACAAGACGGUCAGAGAGGCAAUGGGCCGCGUCAUUGCCACCAUCUAUCGCACCCGCUAUCACGAGUCGUUCGAGAGCGUGGAAAAGCUCCUGGAGGCUAACAAAUCAGCCUCGUCUCUCGGCCUCCGGCCCUACGAACCGACCAAGGAGUUUUCUGACACGGUGCUCGAAAUCUUUGACCGACUCGAGAAGUGGCGUCACGAGCGCACCCCGGGCCAGCAGACGCCCUCGUCUUAUACCAGCGGCUCCAAGACCGUCUUGACCUGGCUCGACAGCACCUUGUCGUCGCAGGAGUGCACGCAACUGAUGCCCUUCUUCCCGGAUCCGUUCAUGGAGCAGCUUCUCCACAUGAUGGAUGUCAAGGAGGACCCCGAGCUGAUGCGUCUGGCGUACCACGUAUACCGCCAUCUGCCCAAUAUCCCAUUCCGUAUUGGCGAGGACGGUCCCUUCAUUGAUGCCCUCGUCCGCAUUGGCAAGUCCGCCACGAGCUGGCACCAGCGCCUGCGGUCCAUGGUCAACAUGCAGGUCAUCUACUUCCGCCGCCUCUUCCUGAUCGAGAAGAAGCAGCGGGAGAUUUUGUUCAACGCCGUUAGCGACAUGUUGGCGGAUCCUCAACUCGAAGUCCGGUCGUGUGCGUCGGCUACCUUGGCCGGCAUGAUCCGAUGCUCGCCAAAGCGAAUCCGCGACCCGACGAUUCAGCUCCUCAAGAAACGCUUCGAAGACGGUCUUCGCCUCAACCCGAUGCCCAAACGGAAGCUGCCUGGCACCGAGACGCCUGUGGACACGAACAAGCAGAUCGUGCGCCGCCAUGCCGCCGUCCUGGGCCUGGGUGCCCUCAUUGAGGCCUUCCCAUACGCCACGCCGCCACCGUCUUGGAUGCCGGAGGUCCUCCAAAUCCUGGCCACACGCGCCGCCAGCGAUCCUGGCGUGGUCGGCAAGGCCACCAAGGCCAUUCUCUCCGACUUCAAGAAGACAAGACAAGAUAGCUGGAGCGUCGAUCAAAAGUACUUCACACCGGACCAGCUCGAAGACUUGGAGGGUGUUUUGUGGAAGAUCACGUCUUGGGCCAGUUAUUUUAGAGCUCAUUAUUGCCUUUGA